UUCAAAGAGACAUAGCCGGAAGUGAGGGCUGCUGAAGCCAGAGCAUGCGUGGCUUGUGCCCCUUAGUAAGAUGGAGGACUCAAGCACAUGGGACGUGGGUAGUAGCAGUAGUUCUAGCAGUUGUGAUGAGGAGGCAGCCGAUAUGGAAGUGGGGGAAGAAGGGCAAGAGGAAAAGAAGGAGCAGGUGAAGGCUCGAGGGGGAACCUACGUUCCAGGGAAGGGUCCCCCUCCAGCGCCUGGAGAAGAAUUGGUCAUGGAUGAAGGCGCCUAUCGGCUCUACCAUCGGGCGGGUACAGGUGCUCCUUGCUUGAGCUUUGAUAUUUUGCGAGAUGCCCUCGGAGAGAAUCAAACCACCUAUCCACUCUCCCUCCUUCUCUGUGCUGGGACUCAGGCUGAAAGCGCCCAGGCCAAUAGGCUCAUGGUGAUGAAGAUGCACAAUCUCCAUGGGACCAAACAAGGUGACAAGGAUUCUUUGGAAUCGGAAAGCAGCAGCGACAGUGAAGAUGAUGAAGAUGACGAAGAGAAGAAACCCCAGCUGGAACUGGCUAUGGUUCCCCACUAUGGGGGCAUUAACAGAGUUCGGGUGACAGAGCUCAAUGAAUCACCGAUCGUCGCGGUUUGGUCUGAGAAGGGGCAAGUGAGCAUCUAUGAUCUACGGCGCCCCCUAGCAGCUGUGUCCGACUCACAAGCCAUGGCAGUUUUUCUACGAGAGGAGCAGGCCAAGAUUAAACCCAUCUUCUCAUUCUCAGGGCAUAUGACAGAGGGGUUUGCUAUGGACUGGUCCCCUAAGAAACCAGGUACUCUUCUGACAGGCGACUGCAACAAAAAUAUUCAUUUGUGGACACCCAAGGAGGAUGGCUCAUGGUUUGUAGACCAGCGGCCUUUUACAGCCCACACUGCAUCUGUGGAAGACCUGCAGUGGUCCCCGAAUGAAGCUACGGUUUUUGCUUCUUGUUCAGCGGAUGCUUCCAUUCGGAUCUGGGAUAUACGGGCAGCACCUGGAAAAGCUUGCAUGCUUACUACCAACCAGGCACACGAUGCAGAUGUCAAUGUUAUCAGCUGGAACCGGAACGAGCCCUUCAUUGUUAGUGGUGGCGAUGAUGGAGCCCUAAAGAUCUGGGACCUGCGGCAAUUCCAGAAGGGCUUAGCUGUGGCCACCUUCAAGCAGCACACGGCGCCCAUCACAUCCGUUGAAUGGCACCCUACCGACAGUGGCGUGUUUGCAGCCUCUGGGGCAGACGACCAGGUGACUCAAUGGGACCUGGCAGUCGAGCGCGACGGGGCAAGUGAGGCCGAAGAUCCAGCUUUGGCCUCCAUCCCACCCCAACUACUGUUUAUUCACCAAGGAGAGAGUGACAUUAAGGAACUGCAUUGGCACCCACAGUGCCCUGGCACCCUCAUCACCACAGCUUUGUCUGGUUUCAACAUCUUUCGAACCAUCAGUGUCUGAGGAGAAAGCUGCCAAGAUGGCUGCUGUCCCGAAGUCCUCUCAGCUUUCUGCUGGGGCAGCCUAUAACCUCCUGUUCACAGUUGCCUCCUUCAAGUGGACUGCUUCUUCUCCUUCCAAAGACCUUCUGAUCUAAAUGAAGUAAUUAUUUCUACUUUGGGAGUACAAGUCUGUAUAACUCGCCCCAGACUAAGCUGUGCAGUCUCUUGAUGAGGUUAUCCCCCCUUUCCUCUUCUCCAAUUAAUGGAUGACAAUGAUCUGAAAAACCUCUUAUCUACACUAAUUUCAUAGAGUUCUUUCUUAAUUCCUGUGAGCAAUGUGGAUGACUCAGCCCUCGGUCAAGCACUGUUAUUCUGCUGUGCAGGGGCAGAGUUAGAAAAUGGGGAAGGUGCGUCUUUCCACAUGUGGUAUUGUAACUCCCAUCGGCCCCUUUCAGGAUGGCUGCUGGGAACUGUUGUCUUAACAGCUGAAAGGCACUGUUUCCCCUGCUAGAGAUUAGGACUUGAACCAACCGUUUGGUAUAAUUUAUGAAACUGUUAGGUCCUGCCUCUGAUGCUUCAGUGGAAGUGGAACCUAGCCCUUUUGGAAGAUGAAGAGUUUGCAAAGAAGUAUAUGUUCCACUAAAUGUAAAUUAUUUUAUUUUUAAAAAUUCUCUAAUCAAUUCUGCUCCUGACUAUUCUUAUUUUGUAUCUGCACAGUGGAUAGAGCACUCUUAGUCUGCUGGUUUUGCCACAACUCAGAAAUCUGGGGACAGGGUUUCACCAGAUGAGCUAAUCUGAUUUAAGGAAUGUAUCUUUUUUA